CAAGUUAGGAGCCUGUGAGAACAAGCGCAGAGGGGAGGGCUGUUCACUCCAUGCACGCAGCAGAAUGAGCUCUCUCCCUCCGGGUCUGCACUGCCUGCAAAGCUCAGCCUCACCCAGGGAGAGAUCCAGGAAUCUGCAACAAAAACGAUGACAGUCUGAAACACCCCCUGGUGCCAACCUCCAAAUUCUCAUCUGUCACUUCAGACCCUGCCUAGCUGACAGAGCAGCAGAAUUUCAACUCCAGUGAACUCCAUUGUGCUUCUGGGCGAAGAAGCACAGCUAACAAGGAAGGGGACUGAGGGAGAGUUUCUCCUGGGUGUCCAUCAAACUUUGAUUUCCUGGAUGCGUGCAAAGAGGGAAUUCCACUCCAGCUUCAGUCUCCUACCACGACUCUGGGUGCAGCCACGUCUCUGCAGGUCUAGAAAGAUGGAGAUGGCGCUUUUCUUCCUGUACAUCUUGGGAGCUGUAGCUGCAAUCCCGACAAAUGCAAGAUAUCUAUCUGGUCAUUCCAAUCCAACUGCCGAAACAGUGCUAAUGCCCGACAAUACUGCUGUCCCCAGCACAAGUGUUGAAGCCACAGAAAGCGGAAAAGAAGCUGCAGUUUCCCUACAGGGCCAUCCCACUCAUGAGGCUGAAAACCCUUCAAUACUAAAGUCAGAAGAGUUGAACCAUGAGCAGUCAGAGGAACAGGACAAGACUGACAGCCACGAGGUAGGACUGAUGGAUCAGGAGGACCGCGAUGGCGAUUUCAUUGUGGACUUGGAGCAUUCACCCACUGAAGGUACCUUGGAUCAUAAAGAAGAUACAGUUGAUUCUCAACAGGAAAAACUUUCAGAGACCACUGAUUUCCCUACUGCUGCUCUUAGUUCCUUUGACAAUUCUAAUCAACAAGAAAACAUCACAAAAGAUGAGGAAAGCCAAGAACAGCCUAUAAGUGACUCACAUCAUCAGCUAAACAAGAGCAGUACACAAAACCAAGACCUAACUGAUGAAGGAGACCAAGAGCAGGAUUCAGCUAUUCCAGAUGGUGAAGAGGAAGAAGAAGAGCCAGGAGAAGUUGGUCACCCCAACAAUAACCAAGAAAGGGAAGAAGAACUUUCCAAGGAACAUUCUGAUAGCAACCGGGAGGGAGAUAGUAACCAGUCUGAUGUUAUCUUGGAAGAGUCCAAUCAACCAACUCAAAUGAGCAAGAUGCAGGAUGGAUUUGAACACAAAAACCAAGAGCAAGAGGAUAACCCCAAUGCAGAUGUGGAAGAGGACACUGCAUCACUCAGCAGGAAGCACAUUCAACACACAGAAUGGCAAAGCCAAGAAGGAAAAGCUGGCCGUGAAGUUACUGGCAGCCAGAAAGACACGGAUAAAAAGACUAUCUCCAUGGAACCUACUGAUAGUGGCACUGUCAUGCCCAGGAAUCAUGGGGCUGAUGAAGAUGUGGGUAACGAUGACUCUAAACACAAUGCAAAUGAUGACUACUUCAUCCCAAGUCAGGAAUUCAUGGAAGCUGAAAGAGCUCAUUCCCUUUCCUAUUAUCUUAAGUAUGAUGAUGUAACAGCACAUGAGAGUAAGAAUGAAAAUGCGGAUACAAGCGAGGCAGAAGACUAUCAAGGGGCCAAGAAAGCUGAAAGCCCAUCAACUGAGGAUGAGACGUCCAAGGAAGGCAGCUCCGGGGUGCCCCGUGUUGAUUCUUGUGUGAACUUCCAGUGUAAAAGGGGACACAUCUGCCAGGCAGAUCAACAGGGAAAACCUCACUGUGUUUGCCAAGAUCCAGAGACCUGUCCCCCCGCAAAAAUCCUUGACCAAGUUUGUGGCACUGACAAUCAGACCUAUGCGAGCUCCUGUCAUCUGUUUGCUACUAAAUGCAGACUGGAGGGCACUAAGAAAGGACACCAACUGCAGCUGGAUUAUUUUGGAGCUUGCAAAUCUAUUCCUGCUUGUACAGACUUUGAAGUGGCUCAGUUUCCUCUGCGCAUGAGAGACUGGCUCAAGAACAUCCUCAUGCAGCUUUACGAACCGAAUCCCAAACAUGCUGGGUACCUAAAUGAGAAGCAGAGAAGUAAAGUAAAGAAAAUUUACCUGGACGAAAAGCGACUCUUGGCCGGAGACCAUCCCAUUGAACUUCUCUUAAGGGACUUUAAGAAAAACUACCACAUGUAUGUGUAUCCUGUGCAUUGGCAAUUUAAUGAACUUGACCAACAUCCUGCAGACAGAAUCCUGACCCAUUCUGAGCUGGCUCCACUACGAGCUUCCCUGGUGCCCAUGGAACACUGCAUAACCCGCUUCUUUGAGGAGUGUGACCCCAACAAGGAUAAGCACAUCACCUUGAAGGAGUGGGGCCACUGCUUUGGAAUUAAAGAAGAAGACAUAGAUGAAAACCUCCUGUUUUGAAUUAAGAUUUGAAAGAAAAACUUUCCAGCAUCCUCCUCUGCUUUAACCACUUCUGAAAUACAUGCAGCUCUAAUGUUGGUAGAUUUAUAGUUAGAAAAGUAAGCAUGUAGGAGAAAACAGUGAGCAAUCACUCAAUAAUAGUAUAUAUGUACCAGGCAUUUACCAUUAACAUAGGAAAUAGAACUGUAAAAUUAAGUAUAGUUAGUAUAUACAAAAGCUCCUAUUUAUGAACAGGAGUUUUACUCAUAGUUAUUUUACUCUCUACAUAUACUUAAAUGAUAACUGCUAAUUAUAAAACUUGAAAAAAAAUGUGUUCAUAUUGUCCACUAAACAUGUGCACUUCAAAAUAAUGGAAUGUUGCUCUUUUGUGGUUAAUGUGUAUCACUUCCAAUAUCUUAAAAUCCUAAUAAAAAGUCCAUAAAAUUCCAAA